CCAUUUCGACUCUGUCCUUCGAAUUUUCUCUAGGAAUUCUUCUGGGACGUACACAAUCGACUCACCUAACUUAUCUCCUGAAACGAAACCUGUAUUCUCGAAUGCCAAUUAUGACACUACGCCGAGUCUAACUAUGGACGCCGGACUGUCUACCCAAGAGCUGCAGCUCUGUCAGCACCUGAUAGAGCUGCCCAGACGUUAUGGAUACCGAUACGAUGAAGCUGCCUCUCGCGAUUUAUUAUAUAACCUUUUCUGGUCUAUGGCUGGAGGUAGACCUGAGAAUCUACGACUAUUCUUCCCCGAUGGGAAGCUUACUCCAAAGAGCACCUUGAAGCUUAGAGAAGCGCAAGGAGCGGUCGAUGGAGCCGAAUACACAGAAGCCGCCCGCGGCAAGGCCUGCGGCCACAUAUUCCGAGCUGGAGAGGCGUCGUAUAGUUGCAAGACAUGCAGUACUGAUGACACUUGUUGCCUAUGCAGCAAAUGUUUCAACGCUACAGAUCAUGCAGGCCAUAUGGUAAGGAUCUCCAUAUCUCCCGGAAAUAGUGGUUGUUGUGAUUGCGGGGAUCCUGAGGCUUGGAAGACUCCCAUGUUCUGCACUAUACACAGCGAACGCGAGGAUGAUCGGUCGAAAGGAAAAGGUAAAGAGGUUGCUGGAUUGCCCGAUGAGGUCAUUUCCAACAUUCGCAUGACCGUCUCACGAGUCAUCGAUUUCAUUUGCGACGUUAUAUCGUGUGCCCCAGAACAACUCCGACAACCCAAGACGAAAGAGUCUAUCGAACGGGACGAGAAGAUGUCUCGCUUGUCAUCUACAUAUUGUGGGGGUGAUAUUGACUCUCCUGAGGAGUAUGCAUUGCUACUUUGGAACGAUGAGAAGCAUACUGUGAAGGAAGUGCAAGAUCAAGUUGCACGUGCCUGUAGCACGACUGCGGAUGAAGGAUAUAAUCGAGCUGUGGAAACCGACUCCAUCGGUCGGAGUAUUUUGAAGUAUGAUACGAGCAUUGAGAGGCUCUUAGCAAAUGCAACCGUCCUCGAACACAUCAAGAUAACUGUUACUAUUCGAUCAUCGCGCGACACGUUCAGAGAGCAGAUGUGUGGGACGAUGAUCGACUGGCUGAACGACAUUGCGGGUUGCGUAGUAGGAAAUGAUCAGAACAUCCUUCGAUUAGUUAUAUGUGAAGAACUACUGAAACCCUGGCGGAAAGGGAGUCCUGGAACACAUGCUAUGCCCGGCAAGGACGGCCUCGAGGAUGAGGAAAAGCUCGAAUAUGAUCCAUUCGAGGCACAGUCAGCCACAAUAUUCAUCCAACGCGCAAGAUUCCUCGCGGAAACUGGGAACGCGGCCACUUUAGCCGAAUUUCUCGACACUGACGAGGACGACGAUGAUGACGAUGACGAUGAGGAUAUGGAUGGUGGUAACCGCACUCCUUCUAGUGAAGAGGAUAACGAUGAAGACGAAGACGACGAAGAGGAUGUAAUGAUGAUAGACAUGGGUCGGCCAGAUGCAGGUGCCGAUGUAAACGUAUCCGACUGGAUCGCACCAGGUGUUGCAUCUCUCGAAGAGGAAGAAGCUACGAUGGCAGGUUAUCCACCACCUCCACCGCCUCCCCCCGUUCCGAGACGUACGACCCGAGACCGGGACCUCACGCCGUCAGACUCAGAUACCGCAGAGCCAUUAAUCGCACCAACUGUAUACGCGAAGGCGAACCUCGAGAUACCUAAAACUCCUGGUUUAUCAAAGGUAGACAAGGCUGCGCCACCAAAACCUGGGCGUUACUGGGUUGAAACGCCAACAGCUUACAUGGAACGUGAACGUAUUCAUCCAUUCGAGGACGUCUUCCAACGAGUCCGUUUAGACUGGCUGAUACUAUUUGAUCUGAGAAUGUGGAAGAAAGUUCGUAACGAUUUACGUUCUCUAUACAUCUCUACGGUCGUUACCAUCCCCGAGUUCAAGAGAGUCUUAGGCCUCCGAUUUGCUGCCUUAUACACAACAUUGGCGCAGUUGUACCUUAUUGGAGACCGCGAGCCGGACCAUUCGAUCAUCAACAUCUCCCUGCAGAUGCUUACCACACCAUCAAUUACCGCCGAAGUAGUAGAAAGAGGCAACUUUCUUACGACUCUCAUGGCCAUCUUAUAUACCUUCUUAACUACUCGACAAGUUGGCCAUCCUUGGGAAGUCUCAUCAAGCGCGGUCCUUGGGUUUGAUACAGGCUCGGUGACGAAUAGACGAAUGUACCAUUUCUACGUCGACCUCAAAUUCCUUCUCGGCUCCCCUCAUGUUCAGGAACGCAUGAGGACAGAAGAGAGGUAUCUAAUGCAAUUCCUCGAUUUGGUGAAACUUCAUCAGGGUAUCUGCCCGAAUAUCCGAGCCGUUGGGGAGCACGUGGAAUACGAAACCGAUAGUUGGAUCGGCGCCUCGUUGAUGACUAGGGAGAUCAACAGGCUCUGCAGGCUCCUAUCCGGCUCUUUCCGGGGCCUUCAGGAACAUGAUUCUUUGUAUCUGUCUAAGGCGAUUCGAAUGACAGCUAAGAGUGUUAUCAUCAAUUCGGUGGGCGCCGAGCGUGCCAGAUUCACUCAGGCCGAAAUUAAGGAUGAAAUUCGGUUCAAAUCAUUGAGUGACUUUGAAUUCGCCGGCCAGGAUACAAAAUUCGAAGUAGUCAGGUUCAAUGUGGGUGAGCAGUCAAUCAGUUUCCACCAUGCGUUACACUAUACUUUGUCGUGGCUGGUCGAAUGUGGGAAGCAUAUGUCUUCGCAACAACUCAGGUCUAUCUUGAACUUCACUUCACAAGAGCUUAAGCUAAAGCCUAGAUCGAUGGGCCGUAAAUCUAUGCCUCGACGAGAGUAUUCCCCAGAAGAUUAUCUCAUGGCUGCGUUUGACUACCCUCUACGCGUAUGUACUUGGCUCGCCCAGAUCAAGGCAGGGAUGUGGGUGCGUAACGGUAUUAGUCUUAGGCACCAGGCUGGAACAUAUAAGAAUAUCCUACAUAGGGAUGUUACCCAUGCCCGAGAUAUCUUUCUAUUGCAGACAGCGAUGGUUAUUUGUAACCCGAGCCGUGUCCUCGCCUCCAUUGUCGAUCGUUUCGGCAUGGAAAAUUGGGUUAAAGGACUAUUUGGCACUCAGGAUGAGAUCCAACACCUUGACGUAGUCGAGGAUAUGAUUCACUUUCUAAUCGUCCUCUUGAGCGAUCGAACCUCGCUUAUCCCCGUGAAGGAUGAACAGCAGACUCAUAUGAUGGCAAUGCGUCGAGACAUUACUCAUGUUUUGUGUUUCCGACCGCUGUCCUUCAAUGAGAUAGCUAGCAAGUUACCUGAGAAAUUCCAUGAGCACGAGGACUUCCAGCGUGUCUUGGACGAAGUGGCCACCUUUAAGUCUCCUGAAGGUGUGUCGGACGUGGGAACUUUUGAAUUGAAGCCGCAUUUCAUUGAGGACAUUGAUCCGUAUAUUGCUCAUUACAACAAAAACCAACGUGAGGAAUCUGAGGCCGCUUACCGUAAAUGGAUAGCCAAGAAGACAGGAAAGCCUGUCGAUGAGAUUGUCUACGAGCCUAAACUGCGACCGAUUGGGUACGGUGUCUUCGUAGGACUACCUCAAUUCACGGGCACGGGGAUGUUCUCGCAAAUCAUCUACCACUGCCUCCUAUACCCUCUAGUAGCUGCCGAGAUGACGCCCAAGGUUCCAUUCACCAGGAUAGAAACAUUCCUGCAAGUGGUGUUGCAUUUAAUUCUCAUCGCCAUUGCCGAAGAUAAGGCUGAAGUAACAGAGCCAGCUGCCGAAGCUGGAUCUUUCGUCUACAUCGCCUUGACUACGCAAGCCCGUUGUAGCUUCAUGCAGGAUGCACCAGACCGAAAAACUAUUGUGUCGCUAUUAGAUAUGAUGUCAACUAAAGAGGAGUUCAAAGCCUGUCAUGCUAAAAUCGCAUUAAUCUUGAAGAGAAUGAGGCAGAAAUACCCACAGCACUUUGACAUGGCAUAUAAUCGACUGGGCAUACCCGUGGAUCGGAUUGACACGGCAUCACCAGCCAGCACCCAUAAUGCUGAAGAGGAACGCGAACGAAAGAAGAAAGCCGCGCUUGACCGGCAAGCCAAGGUUAUGGCGCAGUUCCAACAGCAACAGAAGAGCUUCAUAGAAAUGCAAGGAGAUGUUGACUGGGGUGAUGAAGAGUGGGAUGAUAUGGACGAAGCUAAGCCUGUAGAGGAGCAGAAGAACUUCUGGAAAUACCCAAGAGGUACCUGCAUAUUAUGCCAGGAAGAUACCGACGAUGGACGUCUCUACGGGACGUUUGCACUCUUCACUGAGAGUAAAAUCUUACGCCAGACUGAUCUUCAAGACCCAGACUUCGUGAGGGAGGCGGCAAGCACGCCAGUAAAUCUUGAUCGCUCAGCCGAGGCAAUACGCCCAUUCGGUCUUGCUCAUGAAAACAGAGAGGUUAUAGAAAAGGUGAAAGCAGAUGGACAGACAUUUGUCGCCGAAAAGCAGGGCCUCGGUAAAGGGUUCUCAGCCAAGCUUUGCCGAACAGGUCCCGUGUCUGUCGGAUGCGGUCAUAUUAUGCACUUCAGCUGCUUCGAUAUGUAUAUGGAAGCGACCGUCCGCCGACAUGGACACCAGAUUGCCCGCCAUCAUCCCGAAUCAUUAGACCGCUUAGAAUUCGUGUGUCCUCUCUGCAAAGCUCUCGGGAAUGCCUUCCUACCCAUAUCCUGGGAUGGAAAAGAGGAGUCUUACCCAGGAAUCUUACAAACAGAAUCGGACUUUUCUUCCUUCAUAACCACAAACAUGGCAGACUCAGACAAUUCGGUAAUAAGAGGAGAUCAGUCUCAAACAGCGUUCGUCAACUAUUUGCGAACAAAGAUGCCAGAUUGUCUGGAGAAAACCAGCGCUAGCGUGCCGGCAUUUUCCAUUUGGGAACAUACUCCUUUCAGAACUGUACCUUCUGUUUCGUCUUCCAGUGACACAUUCUCUCUUGCAGCCACUCCUAGUUCGAGCAUACGAUCACAUUCUCCAGAGUCACAGCAUGGCGAUAAAGAAUUAAUGCUGACUUAUAGACGUCUGCGGGACACUCUUCGCAAGAACAGACUUGCAAAGGCCCUUGACAGCGAAGCUAGGGAGGAUGAUUUGUAUGCUAGCGAUGUGUUGGCCAAAUCCGUAGGGUAUUCAAUUUCCGCUGCUGAGAUCCAACAACGAGGCGUUGAAGCUCAAUAUGGGAUGACUUUAAUCGAACGUAUGCCCGAGCAGCUCUUAGUCCAACUUCGAAUCCUAUCUGAGACAGUAUCAUCGUAUAUCGCGGUCGGCGGUCUCAGGCAUGCAGGGGAUAACCAGGUUGAGGCUGAAUUCCGCGCAAGUAGCGAGCGCCAGUUCUGUCAACUCUUUUCGUCGCAGUACUACGAUGGGGCCGUUGGAACUGAACAUCGACCAUUCGAUGAAUUUGCACCUUUACUAAGCCAAGAUAUAUUCAUCUUCUUGUGCGAGACUAUGUUUGGCGUCUCCCCUGCGCUGAACAUCGAUCCGAUGCAUUUGGUUCGAUUAUGCUAUCUCGCUGAGGUAGUCAAGGUUGUCUACAAUAUGUCUCAGAAUCUGACACUUUCUAGAUGGCUCGAAUACAUGGGCAACCGGAAUUCUGACGACCCUGCAAUGAACAAUUUUGCCAAUUUCUUCCACUAUAUUACGGUAGCUAGAAUGAAUUUGGAGCCAUCAAACGACCAACCUAACAAAGGAUUUGACCAGCCAGGCUUAGACAGUCUAGAAAGCCUCCAUUCGUUCGUCAAGAAGUACGCCUUGGUAUUCUUGCGAAAGGUCACGAUUCUUCUCCAUGUUCACCUUGGAGUUGACUUCAACAGUCACAUCUCUCCAGUUCCGGAAGCAGAUGAACUAACGCGCCUAACAGCUGCGCUGCGAUUACCGUCUUUUGAUGAGAUGUGCACUGCUUUGACGCCCUUGAGCACCCAAUACGGAUGGCCACCGCGUAUCGAAGCUAUGAUUAAGGGCUGGCUGCGUCAUCAAAUCCGUUCAUACACCACAAAAUACCUAGCUUCGGAGAAGGGUAUUGAAGAGACUCCGUCUGUCUCCGCUCAACUUAGCCAUCCCGGGAUCUUCGAGCUUGUCGGAUUACCUAGGAACUUUGAUACACUGAUUGAGGAGUGCGCUAAAAGAAGAUGCCCUAAGACGGCUAAAGACUUAGCCGAUCCCAUUGUGUGUCUGAUGUGCGGCGACAUCUUUUGCGGACAGACUAUGUGCUGCCUUAUGGAAUACUCGGAGCCCGGUCCGGAUAAGCCCGUGAUGAGAAUCGGGGGUGCUCAGCAACAUAUGCUGUUCAAGUGUCAGGGCAACAUUGGACUCUUCAUCAAUAUUCGCAAGUGUGCUAUCUUCUAUUUGCAUCGCACAUCAGGUAGCUUUAGCAACGCACCAUACAUCGACAAGUAUGGAGAGGUGGAUAUCGGACUGCGUCACGGACGCCAGCUCUUCCUCAACCAGAAGCGGUACGACUCGAUGCUUCGCAACAUGUGGCUCAGCCAUGGCAUUCCUAGCUUCAUAAGUAGAAAGCUUGAAGCCGAUAUUAAUAGUGGUGGAUGGGAGACUAUAUGAGUUGACGAGCAGUGUACACUGUGCUGUGGUUGACAUAUAGCUUUCGACGGGGUAAACAGCAAUAUGCAAAACGGUUGCUGAUAUUCCCGAUAACUCUUGACUCAUUCCUUUUUUUGGUGUUAGGAGUUCUCCACUCAUCGGUAUAAAGAAGGGGCCGGGAUUCAUUCGCCAUGCAUUACGAGACUCAGAUUCCUAUAGGGAGGUUUACGAUGAUUAUCAAUAUAUAUACCUC